AUGGGGGGGGCAGCCCUGGCCCCAGGAGCACCACCCCACCUGGGCAGGGGAAGCCUAACCUUCCUGCGCUUCCAUCUUUUCCAGGGGGGGCUCAGGAUGGCCUUAGCAGAGGACGCCAGCGCUGCCAGACUCAUGGAGGGCUCAGCUUUCCCAGAGAUUGUGGAGCUGAACGUGGGUGGGCAGGUCUACCUGACCCGCCACAGCACCCUGCAGGGCAUGCCCGGCUCCUUCCUCUGGGACCUCUUCAGCCAGCAGAGUGCCCAGUCCUUGGCCCGGGACAGCAAAGGCCGCUUCUUCAUUGACCGGGACGGUUUUCUCUUCCGCUACAUCCUGGACUACCUGAGGGACCGGCAACUGGUGCUUCCCGAGCGCUUCCCCGAGCGGAGCCGCCUGCAGCGGGAGGCUGAAUUCUUCAAGCUGCCCGACCUGGCCAAGAGCCUGGCGCCCAAGAUCAGCAAGCAAGACUCCCUGGGCGAGGAGCCCUGCGCCAGCGACCCUGAGGAGCUCUCCCCCGGCACAGAGGCUGUCCGCACCCUGGGGGCAGCUGGCACACUCUUGGCCAGCCUCCCUGGCAGCUCCCUGGCACCUGCAGCUGGGGUCGGCAUGGGGCAGGAGGCCCGACGGUCCGGCUUCAUCACCAUCGGCUACCGGGGCUCUUACACUCUGGGGAGAGACAGCCAAACAGAUGCCAAGUUCCGGCGGGUGGCGAGGAUCAUGGUAUGCGGGAAGACCUCCCUGGCAAAGGAGGUCUUUGGGGAGACCCUCAACGAGAGCAGGGACCCUGAUCGCCCCCCUGAGCGCUACACCUCCAGGUACUACCUCAAGUUCACAUUCCUGGAGCAGGCCUUCGACCGACUGGCUGACGCCGGCUUCCACAUGGUGGCCUGCAACUCCACUGGGACGUGUGCCUUUGCUCACGAACAGACGGAUGACAAGAUCUGGACCUCCUACACAGAGUACGUUUUCCACCGUGAAUGAGGCUCGAGCCCCAGCGAAGCC